GAUAGGGGAGGAGGAAGAGAGCCGAGUAUAAAAAGCUGCUGCUCUGUUCCAGCUGAGUUCAGAAAGUCAAACCCUGAAGUGUCCUCUCGAUACGAUCAGAUUGUGUUGAAGCCAGAGAAAUAGAAACACCAUGCUGCAGCGGUCUGUUGUGUUGCUGCUUGUGACUCUUGCAGCUGUUGCGCUCGCAGCUCCCAUCCAAAAGAGAAGUGCUGGUGACGACAGAAGCGCGGCGCUGCUAGCACACCUGAACGGAGCCAGUGCAGAUGAACCUGUGACAGCACAACCUGAUGUUCCUGAAAACAGAGGACAAGCCACAACUCCCUCAGACUCAGAUGAGGCGACUGACUUGCCAGCUCCAUCAGACUCAGAUGAGGUGAUUGAAUCAACAGCUUCCUCAGACUCAGAUGAGGCGACUGAUUCACCAGCUCCCUCAGACUCAGAGGAGGUGACUGAUUCACCAGAUGCUGAUAAUGGAGGUGAGACCCCCCCAAACACUCCCUCCAUGGACUCAGAUGAGACCAGUGAAUCAACAGAUGCUGAUAAUGGAGGUGAGACCCCCCCAAACACUCCCUCCAUGGACUCAGAUGAGACCAGUGAAUCAACAGAUGCUGAUGAUGGAGGUGAGACCCCCUCAGACACUCCCUCCAUGGACUCAGAUGAAACCAGUGAAUCUACAGAUGAAAGUAAAGGGUCCUCUGAACAAACUGAAGCUCUUUCAGAGUCUCAGGAGUCUUCAGAAGACACAGAGGAAGCUUUAGAUGUGGAAACCGAUGACAGCGCCGCCUCAGAGGACUCUGAGACUGAAGCCGAGGCCUCGGAAAGUCAACAGGACGAGGAAGACGCCACCGAAGAUGCCACCGAAGACAGCGUGGACAUGGAGAAGCCAGAGGAGGGAGACGCAGCAGAGAGCGAGGAGUCAGUGGAGGAGGAAGUGAGUCUGGAGGAGGGAGGUGAGACAGAGGCAACAGAAAUAUCUGAUGACGAUGAUGAAGAAGCAUCUGACGGACAGGAAGGGGAGACCAUCGACAACACGUCUGAGGACAAGGAGGACGAGGAGGACAAGGAGGACGAGCAGGAUAAGGAGGACGAGGAGGACGAGGAGGACGAGGAGAACGAGGAGGACAAGGAGGACGAGCAGGUCAAGGAGGACAAGGAGGACAAGGAGGACGAGGAGAACGAGGAGGAUGAGGAAACCACAAGUGAAGCCGACAGUGAGAUGAAUCAGUCCGACAGCAGUGACAUGGACAACAACAGUGAAACGGAGUCUGAAGCCACAGAGGAGGAAGAGGAGGAAGAGGAGGUGAAGGAGGAAGAGGAGGAGGUGGGGGAGGACAGUGAGAAGGAGGAAGAGGUUGACGAGAUGGACAUGGAGGAGAUGGAGGAGGAUGUGACCGAGGAAGACCCUGAAAAGGUAGAAACUGAAGAAGAGGAGGACAUGUUUGACUCCACUGAAGCGACGCCUUCAGACCAGCCGGACCUGAGCGAUGAAGCCUUCCCCACCACCACAGACGCCAUGAUUUAGACAAUGGUCCUGGAAGGAGUGGACUCUCCCUGACUCCAGAGCAAAGCCCAUCGCUGCCACACUGGAAUACAGUUGCAACUCCAAGCUAAACUCCAAGCUUCAACUUCCUGUUUUCAUGCUGGCCUGUUCCUGAUUGGUUGUUUCUGUCCUUUAACUCUGCAUAAAUAUUAAAGUAGCUGCUGAUGCCAGAUCUGCUCUGUGUGUCUGAUUUCAGCCAUUAACGUGUUCCUACAUCCAACCCCUGACUGGAGGUCAGCGACUAAUAAAGACUGUCCCAAACUCCA